UUUUCCUCUUUCCUUAGGCUAUUUCGCUGGUCGGGCAGGUAUCCGGGGAGGCGCCUGAAAAUGCAGCAACACAAUCAACAGAGCAGGAGGAUAAGUUGCCUAUGAUUAACUCCCAAGAAGAAGGAAUCAAGAGGCAAGACGAACAACAACAGUAUGAUGAAGAUCUCCCGCCCAUUUUAGACAGUCUUUCAAAAAGACAAGUUCCCGGACAUGGGUUGGGGCAGAACCAACAGAUUUUUAGUUCACCCCUGCAGCUUCAACAACUUCAGAUUAAUGGUGUACAAAACUCAGAGGUUAAUUAUAUCCUUAAUAGUCCUGUUAGAAUAACAAAUCUUGGGUUAAAAGGAUCACAACAAACUCAGCUUCAAGAACAACCGUCAAAUGGAUCAAGCAUCAAUAGAGGACAGAGUUCCUUUUCUGAGAUAGUAUCCUCUAGACAACCAAGUUUUCAUUCUCAAUUUUUCCACCUAUACUCUUCGCAGCGGCUCACAAGUCAAGAACAGCCCGCUCCUGUAGUAUUGAACAACGAUUCUCUUGGUCUAUUUCAAGGCUCUCAGAAAAGGUCGACGGCCAGAUUCCCAGUAUCUCCCUUUAGUGGCAUUCCAGCUGCCCAUGCGGGUCAAAUUAUCAAACCUUCAACUUUCUUAAUUCAUCAGAAUGCAUUCCAAUCUCAAGAUAACCCCCAAAACUCAUUUCAGCAACUAAAUUUAGUAUCUCAAAGUCAACGUGUACCUUUAGGUACACAAGGACAAACACAAGCAACUCAUUUUCCCCAGCAAACGUCUAGAGGUCAGAACAUUCUUCAAGUGAGACCACAGGUAUCAUUUCAAGGGCUUCAUAUAAUUGCACAAGGAAAACAGCCUCAGCCUCAGACCCAGUCGAUCAAGAUUUCACAAACUGCAUUUCCAGGGGAUCAAUCUCAACGUCUGGUGCCUCAAACAUCACAAACACGGCUACUCUUGGAACAAGUUCAACGCCUGUUAUCUCAAUCAUUACGAUCACAAGUCCCAGUACAACAGCCUCAACGACUGGUAACGCAACAAGGACGAGCAACAGUACGACAACCUCAGCGUUUUGUAUCUCAAACACGACAAUCACAAGGACCAGAACAAACACUUCAACGCCUGAGAACAUUACAAUCACGAGCGCUAGUUCAACAACCUCAACGUAUAUUAUCUCAAAGACCACGAGUUCAAGCACUGUUGAAACAACCCCAACUUCUCAUAUUUCAAAGACCACGAGUUCAAGCACCAUUACAACAACAACGUAUAGUGUCUCAAAGCCCACUAAUUCAAACACUGUUGAAACAACCCCAACUUCUCAUAUUUCAAAGACCACUAGUUCAAGCACCAUUACAACAACAACGUAUAGUGUCUCAGAGCCCAAAAGGUCAAGCACAAGUGCAACAACCUCAGCUUCACAUAUCUCAGAGCUCACAAGGUCAAGCACAAGUGCAACAACCUCAUCUUCUCAUAUCUCAGAGCUCACAAGGCCAAGCACAAAUGCAACAACCUCAGCUUCACAUAUCUCAGAGCUCACAAGGUCAAGCACAAAUGCAACAACCUCUGACUCAGGUAUUACAAAGGCAACACGCUACAUUAUCUGUUCCUCAACCCCAAAGUCAACUGGUUCAACCGGCACAACAAACAGUGCAGUCCACAUCUGCACAAAGACCAGUUACAUUACUAGGCUCUGGGCGGCCAGGGACACAAACUUCAUUUGGAGUGCCACUUCCAAUAACACCGCAACUCCCUCGACCCAAAACAGCUCCAAGGCUGAAUCCCCAGGCAGUGAUUAGACCUCAAGUUGGUGCAAGUCAUCCUUCCUCACAAAUCUUCCAGACUUCUGCACCAUCUGUAGGAGUAAAUCAGGGAGAAUUUGGGGUCUUGUUACAACAAAAUCGUCUUCAGGGAUCAGAUGUGCCGCAGCAUCAACCUCAGCUUGAUAACAUCCCAUUCGUGGCUGAUACAUCCCGUGAGGACGACAGGGGCGAUUCCCCGGAGCACUUUUUAGGGAGCCGCGUGGCUGCGGCCUUGACCACCACGGGUGUGUCAAGACGUGUGAACCCCAGCCUUCCAAUGGGCAGGGCAGGCACGUCCCCACGAAGGUUUGGCCGAAUGUUCGAUGACACCCGAGAAGACCACACGAAUGAAGAUUUUUCCCAAGAGGUCAUCCGCGGGGGCAGGAGGCAACUCUCAACCCUAAGACGAACAUCAACUCAAAGGACUCAGCAGAGACUGACUCCUUUCGGCAGACCUGGCCGAGGUUUUGUUCUUGACCUGAGUCUUGAAGACUUCACACAGGAGGAUCUAACCAGAGAGGACACAACAGAUGAACUUUUUGACAACUAAGAGUUUCUAGUCUUUCAUCUAUGCCACCAUUCAUAACAUUUAGUUCUUCAUCCUACCAAACCGAGUAAAUUCAUCUUUAUGAUAGAAUUAUUUUUUAAAACGAGUAUCGUCAUAAUUUUCAACAAGUCAUUUAUUUUCCUAAUUUACUUUGGAAUGUGUGUAUAUAUUUUUGUAACAUGUAAAUAAUUAAAAAGAAAAGAAAAGAAAAGAAAAGAAUACUCUAUCACACGCCCUGAGCGCUUCCCUCCAAGUGUGCGGUGAACAUAAUAUGCAACACUACUGUGAAGAAUGGUACAGUAGCAAACUAGGGAGCUUUUAUGAUAGAAAGUGACUUCCUCGCCACUGGCUUACCUCCGCCACCACCCCUGCUUAUCCACUCUCACUUUCUCCUACCUUCACUCCAGGUAAAAACUGUCAGUGAUUCAACCUUAAGUCGCAGAGCCAUUGCUUUUUACUUCCGUAUGCCUUUCUCCUGGUGGCUCAUGUGGUAAAAGUACAACUGGGGAGAGGCAUCCGGGGCAAGUCACCUAACAUUACCAAGUUCAAUACGUCUUAAUUAAAAAAUAUCUAUUGUCUAAGUAUUAAGUUAUUGUGUAAUACGAACUUUAUAUUCCUGCUUUUAUUGUACCGCCAAAACCGUUUUAUCAGAAAUUAUCAUGUAGAUAGAUAGAAAUUACCAUUGCAAUAAAUAUAUUUGUCAAUUAGACAUGAUAUUGACAGCUCUGUCCUUUUGUUCCACUUUAAUACAACCCAUGUUGUACUGCUUCCCUCCCUUAUCAUAUUUAUGUCUAUCAACUCCACUGUAAAGUAUGUGUAUUAUUAUA